CGUGUUACGUUAAAAGCAAGGUAGUAUUGGUGAACGUUUUAGUUCAAGAUUUCUCCGAUAUAGUUAACUCAGACUUAAAUAAUCAUGGCACCCAAACAGAGGAUGCGUGUUGCUAGUGAUAAGUACAACAAAAACGUGACCCAAAGAGGAAAUGUUGCGAAAACACUGAAACCGACAGAUGAAAAAUAUCCUGUUGGUCCAUGGCUUUUAGGACUUUUCCUUUUUGUUGUCUGUGGCUCAGCACUUUUCCAGAUCAUCCAAGCUAUACGUUUGGGAUAGGAGAGAGUACAUGGUGCAGUCUUUUUCUGAGGGAAUCAGCCAGACGUUUUACAGUUUUGAACCCGACCAUUGCCUCAAGCCUACUCCCUUGUGAUGACGUCUAUGAAAUAUAUGCAUCUCAGCCUAGCCAAUAUUACAGGAGCGUGGUGGAUGAACAGCACACAUUGAAGAUCUUCUCAGUGUAAUAUUUUGAGCUCUCAUGCAAUCAGUUGGUGACUCUGCAUUUACUCUUGAGAUCAUCAAGUGCUGUCUUCAUCACCUCCACAUUUCUGUGAACUUUUUUCCCUUCAAGGAUAUAUAUUUCAUUGUACAAAACAAACGAUUAUUAAAAAAAUCUAAAUACGUUUUACUUUAA